GUCCCUGCUGUGUGUCUGGCACCGUGCCAGGCCUACAGAGAGAUGCCUCAGGUGUGGGGAGACGGGAGCACUGUCAGAGCAGACCUCAUGGAGCAAGCACGGUGCGGCUGGGCGGGAGUGAGUGGGCCGGCCCUCGGUGAGGCCGUGACGUUGAGGAUGACCUGCCAGCUCAUCGCUUACCCCGAGGGUUUCUCUCAGGAAGCCCCCUGCUGCCGGGCACCAUGACUGUGAAGGUGGUCGCACUGGCCCCAGAUCCAGCGUCGCCCACGACAGCAGCAGCCUCGCCCAGUGUCUCCGUGAUGCCCGAAGGCAGCCCCACGGCCAUGGAGCAGCCCGUGUUCCUGAUGACAGCCGCCGCUCAGGCCGUCUCUGGCUUCUUCGUUUGGACGGCCCUGCUCAUCACCUGCCACCAGAUCUACAUGCACCUGCGCUGCUACAGCUGCCCCAACGAGCAGCGCUACAUCGUCCGCAUCCUCUUCAUCGUGCCCAUCUACGCCUUCGACUCCUGGCUCAGCCUCCUCUUCUUCACCAACGACCAGUACUACGUGUACUUCGGCACCGUGCGCGACUGCUACGAGGGGACUUCAUGGAACACCUGCUGCGUGCCUCGCGUUCGCCCACGUGGGGCCUCAUCGAAGCCCCAGGCUGGCCCGGCUCUGUCAGCCUUGGUCAUCUAUAAUUUCCUGAGCCUGUGCUAUGAAUACCUUGGGGGGGAAAGUUCCAUCAUGUCAGAGAUCAGAGGGAAGCCCAUCGAGUCCAGCUGUAUGUAUGGCACAUGCUGCCUCUGGGGAAAGACUUACUCCAUCGGAUUUCUGCGGUUCUGCAAGCAGGCCACCCUGCAGUUCUGCGUGGUGAAGCCGCUCAUGGCUGUCAGCACCGUGGUCCUCCAGGCCUUCGGCAAGUACCGAGACGGUGACUUUGACGUCACCAGUGGCUACCUCUACGUGACCAUCAUCUACAACAUCUCCGUCAGCCUGGCCCUCUACGCCCUCUUCCUCUUCUACUUUGCCACCCGGGAGCUGCUCAGCCCUUACAGCCCCGUCCUCAAGUUCUUCAUGGUCAAGUCCGUCAUCUUUCUCUCCUUCUGGCAAGGCAUGCUCCUGGCCAUCCUGGAGAAGUGCGGGGCCAUCCCCAAGAUCCACUCGGCCCGCGUGUCGGUGGGUGAGGGCACUGUGGCUGCUGGCUACCAGGACUUCAUCAUCUGCGUGGAGAUGUUCUUUGCAGCUCUGGCCCUGCGGCACGCCUUCACCUACAAGGUCUAUGCUGACAAGAGGCUGGACGCACAAGUGCCGACAUACGGCCCUUACGGCCGCUGCGCCCCCAUGAAGAGCAUCUCCAGCAGCCUCAAGGAGACCAUGAACCCACACGACAUCGUGCAGGACGCCAUCCACAACUUCUCGCCCGCCUACCAGCAGUACACGCAGCAGUCCACCCUGGAGCCCGGGCCCACCUGGCGCGGGGGUGCCCACAGCCUCUCGCGCUCCCACAGCCUCACUGGUGCCCGGGACAAUGAGAAGACUCUCCUGCUCAGCUCUGAUGACGAGUUCUAGGUGCGGCUGCUGGUGGGGAAGGACUGAGACCUUGGCCCAGGGCAGGGUGUGCCCCGCCUCCAGCCUCACGUCCAGGCUGGGAGGCAGGCUGCCACAGCUUUGGCAGCGCCCUUUAAUUUAUUGGACCAGAAACACGUAUCGCUUCAAGAGGAACAGCCAGAUGCUGUCUGCCCAGAGGAUGGCCCAGGCUCACCCAGGAGCCUUCAGGAAUAUUUAUACAAGGCCAAGGCUCUACUGCCUGGACAACGGGCAGAGGACAGUGGGAGCGACCCCCAUGCCGCUGUGGCUCGUCCUUUGGCGGCAGCAUGUUGGGACCAGCCGUGCCCAGGCCCAGAGCUUGUGCUGUGGACCAGCGGCUGCAGCCUUCUCAGCCCCUCCCCAAUAAGACGUACAGCCCCUCCCCCAAACACCGUGCAAUACUCUGACCCGGGCUCUCCCUCCCGCCUGCUCCCUCCCCUGUCCCCUUGUCUGGUGUUAGAUUAGCCUCAGCCUGGGCAGGAGGAGGGAGGAGGGAACACGGAUACUCUCUGUGGACCUUCCUCCUGACCCAGGCCUAACUGGCAUGCUGCAGGGGUCAGAGCCAGACACCAAGAGCCAUGGGUCCCACCUCAGAAGGGUGCUCAGGUGCAUCUGGGCUCCUGAGUGUCCUCUCUGUGGCUGCACCUUCUGCCUGCCUCGUGCCCCUUCCUCCUGGCCUGCUGAAGACAGCCAGCCGCCCACACUGCCCUCCCACUUGCGGUCCUUCCUCUUGAGAGCAUUUUGGGUAGAGCCCUUGCUUCCCAGCUACUCAGAGGGUCAGGGGUUCCCACCCCUCCUUCCCAGGCUGAGCAGUCAGCACCUCUGCUGGAUCCUGGUCUCUCCCUGGGGCUGCUCCCUCCUGUUUCCUGGGGAGGGUCCGGUCUCUGCAUUUCAGACCAGCUUCCAGCUUCCCGAGGAGCACAGCCCUCCGGGAGGGAGGAGGGAGGGAUGGGGCAUGUGGCGGGGAGCCAGGAGAUGGGGGACUCCUCUCUCUGGCCCCGUGUCCAAACAGGGCCUGGUGUCCUGCCUCGUCUGGCCCCAAGGCCCAUCUCUUCUGUGCCUUAGUCACAUAUGAAAGCUUCCCCUCACUAGGCCCUCAGCCUGUCCCAGACACUCCCAGGGGGCUCCCUGUUAAGCUGCUGGCGCUCAGAGGAUCCUGCAGUGCUGGGCCAAGUGCCCUUGGACAGGCCUCGGGUGGCCAGGACCACCAGUCCCCUCCCCCUCCCCCACCUCCACGCCCAUAUCAUGGAGCCUCCCGGGGCCAGAGCCCCCGGGCAGGCCGGGCUUACACUGGCCACUGUCUUCGGAAGAGCCUUGUGAUGGGACACAGUGCACGUUCAUACAGGCAGAGCGUUCUGUCACUUGAAACCUAGAGAGCACAUGGGUUUGGGCUGCAGCAGCCUGGAGGAGGGGGCAGAGU